CAUACAGACAUUUUGGCUAUAGUUCCAGUUAUGAAAAUAUUACAAUGUAACUAAGGACAUAUUAUAAUAAACAUAAUGAGCAGCUCAACAUCAUAUCUUUCAGUCUGAGUCGUUCGUUCUUUUAAAUCUAUUGCACCGCAUAGCGUUUAUGGGAGUCACGUGUCAAAAGAACGAACGACUCAGGACUCGAAGACUCAUUGCUGAGAAUCAUUCAAAACUGUUUCCUGUAUAUAACAUACGGAGGUUUUGCGAUGCUUUGCGCAUGCCCGCCCAAUAGAAAAUGAACGAAUCACUCUCCGAGACGACUCGUUUAUCUGAGUCAUUUAAAAGAUUCGUUCAAAAAGAACGAAUCGUUCAAGAACGACCCAUCACUCCAUAGUAUGGAUUCACUGGAGAGAAAACUUUUGACUAAAGUUUAUGUUAGAGAAACUAAAAAAUCAUCUUUAAAAUUAAUAAAAUGGUUGCAAACGAUUGGCUUGUUGAAACGGAAAAUUAAAUGCAAGAACUGUGGGCAUAAACUGAGCAUGGUUGCUUCCCAGACCAAGGAUUAUUUCAUCUGGGAGUGUCGACGUAAAAGAUGUGGACGGUUGAAAAGAAGUGUUAGGUCAAAGUCACUCUUCUCACAAUCACACUGCAGUCUAUUUACAUGGAUGAAGUACAUACAUAGAUUUGCACAGGGUUUACAUCUACGGCAAGUAGACAUGCUUCAAGAUGGCAUUGCAAAAAGCACAGCAACACUUUCUAUGAUGUCAAAGAAACUCAGAAGAAUUUGUGUAAAAAGCCUGAAAAAGCACAGAAAGAAAAAGAAGCAGAAAGUUGGUGGAGUUAAUGUCAUUGUUCACAUUGAUGAGAGCAAGUUCUGCCAUAAACGCAAGUAUGGAAGAGGACGCUUUGGUAACACCUGGAAGAGAAAGCGAACAUGGGUUUUUGGUAUACUUGAAAUCAAAGCUGCAAGCAGACGUCCAAUUCUUCGACUUGUGAAGAGAAGAAACAAGGAGACCCUUGUUCCAAUCAUCAAAAAACAUGUCAAAAGAGAAAGUCUUGUAGUGAGUGAUGAGUGGAGAGCGUAUGCCUGCCUUUCCCAGGAGGGCUACAAACAUGUGAGAGUCAACCACAGCCAGAAUUAUGUAGAUCCACAAACAGGACUACACACUCAAAACAUUGAGAGAGCGUGGCAGACAUAUAAGAGGGAAAUUUGGCGUAUGCGGGGGAAUCGGUCUGAGAACGUCUUAAAAAAACAGCUCUGCUUCAUUGAGUGGACUUACUGGUUAGCCAGAAGACAUAAACAUGGUGUACUUGGACGACUUCUCAAGGACAUAAGGAAUGAUGGGAACAUUGAGAUAAUGGCCACUGGAGAUGAGGGGCCACCGGCCAUGAUGGUGGACACCAGCACUGACACUAGCACUGAUUCAAGCUCUGACUCCAGCACUGACUUCAGCAGUGACUCCAGCUCCAGCUCUACCUCUGACUCUUCAGAUAAGGAAAAGAAGAAAAAGAAGUAUAAAAAGAAGAAUGGCAAGAAGAGAAGCAAAAAAAGAAAGAAGGAAAACAAAAAGGCAAAGAGGUCAGGCGGAAAAGGAGAGCGAGUUGCCUCAAUCUCGGAUGUGGUGAAAAGAUAUCGGCGUGUCCUCAAACAUGUGCAAAGAGGCUUCCGGAUGACCACAGCUUUCAAGAAAGCUCGCGUUUCAAGAAAUGCCGUGAAAGACACGGCAGCAAUUGCCGAGAUUUACAUAGCUGACAAAAGUCUCCUAAGCCAGUUCAAGGGUAAAUACACACUUCUAAAACUAGCACAAAUUUGUCAGAAAAAAAUAGUUGGUGAGCUGGCAGAAAAGAUAAUUGAAAUGAAAAACAACAAACAGCUCAUCCCCUUUUCUGCCAAGAAAGACUGAAUGUAUGCAGGAUGUAACAGGAUGUUAGCAGGAUAUUUUUGUUUGUUUGUAAGAUUGUUAAACAGGCAAGUUUUAUUUUUUCAUAAUGUGAAAUGUUGGUGUGCUGAUGGUGAAGUUGCGUGACCCCUAUACGGUGACAUGGUGCUGCCAGUGCAGCAUGUUUAUUUUAUUGUUUUUCUUUUUGUUUUAUGAUCUGAUACCCUGGUGAACAAUGGGUUUGUGUUAACAUAUUGUUAAUAAAACAACGUUCUCUCA